UUUAUCUUGAAUGAGUAAUUUCUGUUUUGUUUCUUAAAUCGAACACAAAUAUGUUAAAAUCCGGUCUAGGAUUUGUGUUAGUGCUUACUAUUCAUUGCUCAACAGAAGUAACACAUGUUCAAGAUGUACAUGUGAGGAAUUAUCGUGAAUCUUCAGAAGAAAAUACCAGAGUUCAUGAUAUACUGCAUGAAUUACAAGGAAUAUGUUUGCAUGAACACCACUUCAAAACAGUAAAAGAAUUACAGAAAGAUACACAGGCAAUUCUGAACAGUUUAUCAGUUUAUAAAGAGGUCGUUAAAAUGAACAGACAACUGACGAAUGAUCUCAAAUGGAUUAUGAAAGAAUCACAUGGAGAAAAGGAAGUUUCUAGAAUACUCAGACUCUUAAAACAGGAUGUCAAAGGAAUAUGCGGUAUGUCAGUUGUUAAGGACUGCACUGACGUUCAAAAGACAAAACAGAAAUCAGGAGUAUACACGAUAUAUCCAGAUAAAUCUGGAAGUGUCAAGGCUUAUUGUGAUAUGGCUCCUGAAACUGGUGGUGGAUGGACGAUAAUCAAGAGAAGAUAUGAUGGAUCUGUAAAUUUUCAAAGGACAUGGUCGGAAUAUGAGAACGGAUUUGGCAAAGUCAAUGGCGAAUACUGGCUUGAUAACACUUACAUCCAUCGCCUAACGUCAACAGGAACAUAUGAGCUAAAAGUUGUUUUGACAAGCAGCAGCAAAAACAUACGAUUUGCUUUGUACAAGACUUUCAUUGUAGGAGAUGCAGCAUCCAAGUACAAAUUGACUGUUGGUGGCUACAGUGGAACUGCAGGUGAUUCCUUAGCCUACCACAAUGGGAUGCAAUUCUCCGCUACUGACCAAGAUAAUGAUAAAAACAGUGGAAAAUGUGUUAUCAAUGACGGACCUUGGUGGCAUCAAAGCUGUAGACACAGUGCUCUUAACAUGAAAUUCAGCAGCGGUCUUUUCUGGAAUACUUACGAUGCUAAGUGUUCAAAAUCAGUUAUGAUGAUCAGAAGAAUAUACUAACUCAUUAUUCAUAUAAGGUUUAGAACAUUAUCAUAUUACGUGUUUAUCAAUAAUUUCAAAUGUCUUUAUUAAUUUCUACUGUUGAAAAUCACAUUUCACAAAAAAGCUUCAUUUUGGCUUUAUGUCAUUAAGUUUCGUAAACGAUCAAUUGAUAAAUCUAUGCAUUACUCUUUUUUCAAAUGAAAUUGGACUUUCAAGACCCCUUAAGCCUGUGCUUUAGUUCGCUAAUUUCAUUUUUGUUAAUAAAAGAGUCAGAAUUAUCUGAAUGCGAGAGCAGACUAUAAA